GAGCUGGUAGUCCAGUAACGUGAGUGUCGUGUGUGGUUUGUUCAGUUUAUUAUUCAGCGAAAUUAUCUGUUUUCUCGUAAAAUUUCCAAAAAAAUAAUUCAAAACGUUUAAUCGGAGUAUCUGUGGAAAAGGAGAACGGAAGUUUUGGUGUGAGAGGAUCACGAUCAUUGGUAGGGGAGGAGCGGAAGCCUCAAUUACGUCGACGAAACUCGGCUGGAUGUGAGCUUGGAGAAGAUUAUUUGGAUCGUGAUGAUUGUGAUCUAGCACCCAUCGAGCGAAUAUAGCAACUGUAUUUAUUUUUUGAUGGAGUAAUGUGGAUGAAGCUUCGUGAUCAUUUUGAGGCAGUGUGAUAAUUGUGUUAGUAAAGUUUACUCGCUUUCGCUGGUAAUUGUUAAUUGAAUCGAAGUGGAAAAAUAGUGAAAUAAAGUAUACUGUGCAAUCUGAAUACAAUAAACGCAGAAGAGGGUGUUUGCCUGCUGAUAAGACCCUGAUCGCUAGUCUGAGUUUGUGCUCGUUUAGUUUGUGACGAAUAAAAUUAAAGUAGAAAAAAUGAAUGAGAUCGAGGCGCUGAGAGCCGAAGCGGAACAGCUGAAAAACGCUAUUCGCGAUGCUCGGAAGAUAGCAUGCGACACGUCGAUUCUACAGGCUACUAGCCAGUUGGAAGCGGUUGGGAGAAUUCAACUCAGAACUAGACGAACCCUUCGAGGACAUUUGGCCAAAAUAUAUGCAAUGCAUUGGGGUAGCGAUUCGCGGUACUUAGUGUCCGCAUCACAAGACGGAAAGUUGAUUGUGUGGGACUCGCAUACUACUAACAAAGUCCAUGCCAUUCCGUUGCGGUCUUCGUGGGUAAUGACCUGUGCAUAUGCUCCAUCCGGGAAUUACGUUGCUUGUGGCGGUUUAGACAACAUAUGUUCCAUAUAUAAUCUAAAAACACGUGAAGGCAACGUUCGAAUCGCAAGAGAAUUAGGUGGCCAUACGGGAUAUUUAUCAUGUUGCCGAUUCCUUGACGACAAUCAGAUUGUAACCAGUUCCGGUGAUAUGUCUUGUGCGCUGUGGGAUAUUGAGACUGGCCAACAGGCGACUUCGUUCCAAGGUCAUUCCGGAGACGUCAUGGCACUUUCCCUAGCACCUCAAAGCAAGACCUUCGUAUCGGGAGCAUGUGACGCGACUGCCAAGCUCUGGGACAUUCGUGAGGGGCAGUGUAAGCAGACAUUUCCAGGCCACGAGAGCGAUAUUAAUGCAGUAGCAUUUUUCCCUAACGGACAAGCAUUUGCCACUGGAUCAGAUGACGCCACUUGUCGACUGUUCGACAUCCGUGCCGAUCAAGAAUUGGCAAUGUAUUCACACGAUAACAUCAUAUGUGGCAUUACGUCGGUAGCAUUUUCCAAAUCUGGUCGCCUGCUGCUGGCUGGUUACGAUGACUUCAACUGUAACGUAUGGGACACGAUGAAGGCAGAGCGAGCAGGUAUCCUGGCAGGACAUGACAAUCGUGUGUCCUGCUUAGGUGUAACGGAUAACGGUAUGGCAGUAGCUACCGGCUCUUGGGAUUCGUUCCUGCGCGUUUGGAACUAGGCACACAAUCGAAACCGAGAGAAGAAAGAUCGCACACAACGAAAAACAUAAACUCAUACAACGACCCACGAAGCGAGAACGAGUUUAUGGCAUCAAUGUCGUCGUACCGUAGCCGGAAGUGCACGUUUAUAUGGGCAGCUUAGGAUGUGACCGGUAGCAACUCGCGUAAGCCAAAAAUUUUAACCGCAUUCAGUGCCUUCAGAACAUUGUUAUUUUUGCACAAAACUAUAUUCACCGUUUCCAGAACACAAUCGUUGAGCAGUACAAUACUUUUAUUUUCGGUAAAUAUGAACGGCUAUUAAGGUAAACAAAAAUAAAACAUAAACGAUGCAGCAAACAAGAAACUUAUAGUUGAUAAGUGGUAGAUAUUUGAUAUUUACACGUUCGUCAUAAAUUACAUAUUAUCAAAUGCAGUCUUUAAUUAGAACUAGGGAACACUAAAUGAAGUUCAAAUCUACUUUCAUUAACUGUUUAGAUAGUAUCUAUUUAAAAACGAUAGAUCAUACAACAUACAACCUUCAAACAUGUUCGGGCUCAUUUUGUCUAUGAGGGGCAUACAUUUUAGAUUAUAUUUGAACCAAUGAAGCACAAUAACGAGAUCGGAGCAGCCUUCAUUAAUUUAUUCCUCGUUCUUUGGGAAAAGCAAAGUUGAGAACAUAAGUUGAGUGUGUUGUUUGUUCGAGAAAAAACAAAAAAGAGGAAUAAUACGAAAAACAUAAAUUCUAAACAAAAAUGUUUAUUUAUAUCCUAGUGCGAAGAUGAGUAGUUAUCCAGUUAUAUGCGUAUGAGUAGUAGGACUAAAGGAAGGAAGAACACAAUUUUAAUUAUUGGAUAAAUAUACAUUUAUAGGUCGGAACAAUG